AUGGAAGGGUUCCAGGCCGUGGCCGAACGGCAUGAUCUAGCAGUGGACACAUUGCGGGAGCAAUUCAGUGGGUUGUCUACUAGGCAGCCUACCACGACGGUAAACUCCCAGACCCUCAGUAACCCAGGUGGUAGCAGCACCAUCAUCCCGGUUUCCAUGGAAUCCCGCUUACCUAACCCGGAGCGCUUCGAUGGAGACUCGGGCACCUGUCGGGUGUUUCUUGCUCAGUGUUCCCUCGUCAUGGAGCUGCAGCCUUCCUCCUUCCCCUCGGACCGCUCUAAGACAGUGUACCUCAUCACGCUGAUGUCUGCGAGGGCCUUCGCCUGGGCCACGGCCGUUUGGGAACAACAGUCGGCCAGACCUAGCUCAUUUUUAGGAAUGACUACUCUGGUGGGUCCUAAGAAUAAUUUUGCUUCUCCCCCUACUCGCCCCCCUCUCCAUGCCAUCCUGCUGUGGGGCAACGAGUCCAAGUCUCUCAUCGACUCGGGGGCCGAUAUGAGUCUUAUGGAUGUUACCCUGACGUCCGAGCUGGCUCCAUGCGAGCCAGAUGCCUUCUUCUGUCACAGUAACAUGUGUAUCAACAACACCCUGGUGUGUAACGGUAUUCAGAACUGUGUCUACCCCUGGGACGAGAACCACUGCAAAGAGAAGAGGAAAGCUAACAUCCUGGACAACCUGAACAACACCAACGGCACCAUCAUCGGCGUCACCUGUUGCAUCGUCCUCAUCCUCCUCAUCGUGUCCGUCAUCGUUCAGAUCAAACAACCCAGGAAGAAGUACAUCCUCAGGCGCGAGGACUUUGACCCCACCAUGUUCCAGGAGGUCUUCGAGCCGCAGCAUUAUGGUCUCUGCACGUUACGCAGCACCACGCAUGCCGCCGCCGCCUCGGCGGAUCUAGCGGAUCUAGCAGAGGACUUGGAGAACUACCACGCGCUGCACCACUCGUCCUCGUCCUCGCGCUGCGUCCAUGACCACCAUUGUGGAUCCGCCUCCAACCCUGGUUCCGCCCACCUGUCUCAGCUGUCACUCAGUGGGCGGGAAAGCCGCGGGAACCUGAGCGCACGCCAGGCCGCGUCCCUCCUCACGGACCUUCCACCGCAGUCGGUACGGCCGCUGCUGCCCAGCGUUGCCACGGGGAACCGGCGCAGCAUCCUAGUGAUGAAGCACAGCUACUCGCAGGAAGCGGCCGACAAUGGGUGUGACCUCGACGACGACCUGGAAGAGGUUCCCACGACGAGCCACCGACUGUCGCGCCACGAGAAGGCAGUCCAGCGGUUCUGCCUCAUUGGCUCUUUGAGCAAACAGGAAUCAGAAUACAACACGACUAGGGUCUAAGACAAUCUCAAGGUACUUCAGAAAGAUGAAUCAUUCUUCUGCAUCUUGCCAAGUUUGACAAUUUAUGGAAGUAACAUUAAUCUCCCUCAUGAGAACUGUUGCAUUGAGCGACAAAAACAAUUUAGAGUGUUGUGAUAAGAAGAAGAAAAAAUGUAUUUUUUGUUGUUGUGAGUAUGCGUUGUCUUGUUUUGAUGACAGCGGUGCAAUGCCCUGUUGGUGUUCAUCAAAUGGCUGAGAUUGUAAAGCCAGAGACACGUACUGAUACUUUCGGAUACUGGACUGAAACUUUAAAAGAUACAUAAAUACCUUAAAUGUACAUUGUUCAUGGACUGAACCUGAACCUGUUCUUUUAAACUUAUUUUUUUUAUUUGUAUUUAACAUCAAACACGUGAGGACGCCAUUUUGGUACUGAAAUCCCAUCUGGAAACCCACUGUGUCGCUGUUAUGUUUCCUACACUCUAUUAGGGCUCAAGUUCUUUCCCCUGGUUUCAAACCCCAGAGAAUGUUGUGAUGUCAUAAGGGUAUAAACUGUAUAGUGUUCCAAGCCACUGGACAGGAAGUGUCUCCAUGUUGGUAUUUUCUGAGGACUGAAAUGGGACAUUGGGAUGUAUAGGUAAUUUCUAUGGCAGCCACAGGUCUCAUCAGGAAGUAAUGAAAUUGGUUUUGAGAAUUCCCAGUCAGAUUUCCUACUAGGAACCUAAACAUUGGUAAUGGUUGUAUUUGUGGCUUGUCUAUGCACACUAGACUACAGUAAGAAAAGUGGGCUCAAUUAUUAGGCUACUACAUAAUCCCUUGAUUUCCCAAUAGCCUUAGGCCUUCUUUGCAUUAACAUCAAUAUUUUAUUUCCUGUCUUUCACAAUAUGUCUGAGACCCCUCUGUUUGCUGAGAUCUCUACUUUGUUUGGUAACACAUUAAAGAAAUGCUGGGCAGAAUGUUUUCAAUAAACUGAUACUAAAUCUUA